AUGAGAAUGACGUCUCGCGUACGGUUUUCAAUCAGCUGAUUCCGCGAAGGAGAAAAAUAGCAAAUUAAAUUAAUGGCUGCGCGCUGCAGAAACUUGCCGGUUAAUGAUAUCCCAUUGAUCGCUCGUUGACAUGAGUCGUUUUAGUGGGGUUUCUUCAGUGAACUCGCUUCGUGCUGCACGUUAAGAGUUGACCAUGGACAAGAUUCUGGAGGCCCUGGUGGGCUCGACUCAUUCGGUCCCUGUGAAGAAGGCCAUCGUGAAGAAGGUGGUGGAGGCGGCAGAGAAGGAGGUGACGGUGGAACAGUGCCAGGCGCUCUACAGCCUCACCACACGCCUCAUCCUCCUGGGAGAGGACGCCUUCCAGCGGCAGGUGGGCUUCCAGGUGCUGGAGGCAUACGCACGGUACCACCGCGCGGAAUUUGAGCGCUUCUUUAGCCGUGAGUUUGUCCUGGGUCUCCUCCAGCAAGGCUAUGGCACCCUGGACCGGAAAGACCCAGCCAUCGUGGACUACAUCCACAGCUGCCUUCGGCUCCUCAUCAGCUGCCCCUCGGUGCUGGAGAUCUUUAGCGUGCUGCAGGUGGAGGUGCUGCGCGUGGUGUGCGAGCGGCCCGAGCCGGUCCUGUGUGCGCGCCUCGCCGGCAUGCUCUCGGACUUCGUGCAGUGCAUCCCCCGCGACAAGGCAGCCGUCUUGUUCUGCCAGCAGCUGGUCAGGACUAUCGCCUACUUCCACUGCGCCGCUAGCCAGGAGAGGGAACUGCGCGAGUAUGUCACUCAGGUCACCAAGGUCAGCACCUUGCUCCAGAACAUCUGGAAGGCCGAGCCCACCACCCUGCUGCCCUCGCUGCAGGAGGUCUUCGCCAUCAUCUCCUCCACAGACCCUUCGUUUGAUCCCUCCAUAGCCCUGGCCAGUCUCGUCCAGCACAUACCUCUGCAGAUGAUCACGCUGGUUAUCAAGAGCCUCACCACCGACCAGAAUGUGAAAGACGCCAGCAUGACACAAGCCCUCUGCAGGAUGAUCGACUGGCUGUCCUGGCCUCUGGCUCACUAUGUGGACACGUGGGUGAUAGCCCUCCUGAAGGGGCUGGCUGCCGUGCAGAAGUUCACCAUCCUCAUAGAUGUCACGCUGCUGAAAAUCGAGCUGGUAUUCAGCCGUCUCUGGUACCCAAUUGUGAGACAGGGGGCGCUGACGGUCCUAUCCCACAUGCUGCUGAGCUUCCAGCAUUCCCCCGAGGCCUUUCAUCUGGUGGUCCCGCACACGGUCAGCCUGAUCCAGAUGCUGAAGAGCGAUGGGCUCCCUUCCAGCAAGGCCUUCCUCCACCAGUUCACCGAGCUCAUACACUGUAUGAUGUACCAGUAUUCCGGCUUUCCUGAGCUCUACGAGAACAUUCUGGAAGCCAUAAAAGAUAUGCCUAAGCCCAGUGAGGAGAAGAUCAAACUGGUUUUGAACCAAAGUGCCUGGACCUCCCAGUCGAAUUCCCUGGCUUCUGGCCUGCCGAGGCUGAUGGGUAAAUCUGAGACGGGCAAGACGGGCCUGAUCAACCUGGGAAAUACUUGCUACAUGAAUAGCAUUCUCCAGACCUUAUUCAUGGCCACAGAUUUCCGGCGUCACGUUCUAUCAUUGCACCUAAGCGGCACCCAUACGCUCAUGAAGAAGCUGCAGCUGCUCUUCGCCAUCUUGGCUCACACUCAGAGGGCAGCCUAUGCCCCGCGGAGUUUCUUCGAUGCUUCCAGACCUCCAUGGUUCACGGCCGGCUCGCAGCAGGACUGUUCCGAGUAUCUGCGCUACUUGUUGGACAGGCUUCACGAAGAGGAGAAGACCAUCCAAGCGCUGAUGCUGACCGGCCCGAAACAUGCCGAUGCCGGCAAUGGCGGUACACCCUCGGACUUCACGGACGAGCCCCAGCACCAGGUGGACGAGCCCUCGGAAGCGGGGGAGGAGAGGAAGACCCUCAUCGAAAAGAUGUUCGGGGGCCGGCUCUCCACGGGCAUACGCUGCUUGCGUUGUCACAGCGUGUCGGAGAAGGAGGAGCCCUUUACGGACCUGUCGCUGGCCUUCCAGCCCGCCGCCCAGACUAGGGGGGGUGUGGACGGUGGCCGGGCGUCGACAUCUGCCCACCAGGGGGCGGUCAAUGGCGGCAGCGAGGCCUCGGACAUCCCCGGCAGGGAGAGGCAGGCAGGGGGUGAUAGCUCCGUGCCUCCGGCCGACUCCCAGCACGCCGUGCCCCCCCUGUCCGUGCCCGACAUGGUCAACUACUUCCUGGCGCCGGAGAUCCUGGACGAGGAGAACAAGUACUACUGCGAGCGCUGCUCCUCGCUGCAGCGGGCGGAGAAGACGCUGCGUGUGCUGGAGGCGCCCGAGUACCUCGUCCUGACACUACUGCGCUUCGCCUACGAUGCCAGCUGCCACGUGCGCCGCAAGAUCCUGGACAACGUGGCCAUCCCGCUGCUGGUCCAGCUCCCCGUGCACUCCCACUCCGGCCGCGGUCCCUCCCCCCCUCAGGUACCCUCCCCCGACGGCGGGGAGAACCUGGCCAAGAAACUGAAGCCCUCUGGCGAAGACGGGGAGGAGCGGGAAGCGGAGGAGCGGACACAGGUGGAGCCGGUGCCUUACGCGCUGUGCGCCGUGGUCAUGCAUUCCGGCAUGUCCUCGGAGAGCGGACACUACUACUCUUACGGCAGGAACGUGAGCUCCAACGAUGGGCUCUGCCCCCAGAAGGACGAGCCCCAAGAUCCGGCCAACCCUACGGACUCCAACCCGGUGCUCCCCUCCGGCUCCACCUGUUCCCCCCUCGCGCUGCAGGAGACGCCCCAGGCCGCCUUACCCCCGCGCGACUGGUUCCUCUUCAACGACAGCCGGGUGACAUUCACCUCCUUCCAGUCGGUGCAGAGCAUCACAAGCAGGUUCCCCAAGGAUACGGCUUACAUCCUGAUCUACCGGAAACAGAGCUCGCGGCACAGCCAAGGGCCCGGGGCCACCAACGGCGUCCGGCUGAGCUCAGAGCCGCCCCUGCAGAAGGACCUCAUGGAGGCCGUCACAAAGGACAACAAACUCUUCUUACAAGAGCAAGAGCUCAGCGCCCGGACCAGAGCCCUCCAGGCCGCGUCUGCCUCCUGUUCCUUCCGACCGAACGGAUCCGACGAUAACGAGCCCCCUGGAAGCUGCGGGCCCUCGGGUGGCGGUGGUGGGGGAGGGGGCUUUAACACUGUAAGUCGCCUGGUCUUCUGAGGAGCAGGAAGCGAGAUGGGACCGGCAUCAGGAGCAUCGCUGUGCGCAGGCCGCUGGACUUACCCUGCGCUGGCACCUCUCUGACCUGCUCGAAUUGACCAAGCCUUGAAACGCUGACCCCACACCCCCCCCCUCCCUUUUUCCAAGUGGUAGCUUCCUGUAACACUGUUUCAUUUCUGCAUGUAUUCCUCUCCUGAGACAGAACUAUGGACAUGAUUUUUUUUUUAAGAAAGCUGUAACAAACUUGACAUUUUGCCAGGAUUACAAGUCAUGCAAGAAGUCUAAUGCAAUAAUUUGACUCAUUAAGAUGCAAUACAAACACGUCUGCAGUUACCACGAGAUUUUAAUUGCCAUGAGUGUGCACAGUGUGAACUUCAGUAAGAGCUGAUUUUAAACUGCAACAAAGACGUGUAAAUACAUUGUCAAGUGCAGUUCUUUGCAAAUAUAUAUUUAAAAAAAUGCAUGUUUAAAUGUUUGAUUUAACAUUAUUAUAGGGUUUGGGGAAUUGCUAUUAAUAUGCAUAUUGAUUAUAAUAUUGCUAUUGCCAUUAAAUUAUUUUCUUGAU